GUGAGGAAAACUGUGGAUUGGCGUAAUAAAACCUCGGCCCCAGGAGUGGCCCGGGGGUUACCCUGGGGACCUUGGGGAGACGAUCGCGCGGAGACGAAGUGGCUAAAACCGACGAAGGACACGGGAGGCGGAGGAGGAGGCCGCUAUGAACGCCAGCGUUAACAUCGAGAGGAACUCCUGGCGGCUGCCUCCCGAUGAGACCGUCCAGGUCGCCGAUCCCCGUUCAAAGUCAGCCCAGGUAAAAGAGGAUUUAACGUACGCGGAGGGCGGCCACAAUUGGCGGAGUAUAGUUUUCUCACUGCUGGUCAUCGGUUUCGUUAUCGCUGGCAUCGUCACGGCAAUUUAUCUUCUCGGGUACGUCGACGAGCUUCUCUAUUGGAGCGGCAGACGUCUUACGUUAGACGAGUGCCUUCGUGAUGACCUGACACCGCACAGGUUACCACCGACUUGGAUAACUUACGAAAAGUUCGUCUACCAGGCCGACGAUGGUUCCCUCUCCCUUCUGGACACCCGCGAAAACGCCGUAUCCCUUUUAGUCUCUAAUCAUACACUUAGACAACUGAACGUUCAGGGCUACGAAUGCAGCUCCGACCUGCGUUAUGUAUUGUUCAGACACAAUGUCAAGCCGGUCUUUCAGAACACUUUCACCGCUCUUUACACCGUCUAUGACGUCACGAACGACCAUCACACACCUCUUCGCUUGCAAGCGUCGCGACACAUGCACCAGACGCGACUGCAACAUGCCACGUGGUUGGGCAACACGUCCGGCAUCCUGAUGAUCUCCGAGAACGACAUUUUUCUUCGAAUGGGACCCGCCGGGACGGAGGACAUUCGCCUGACCGAUACAGGCGUACCCGGGAUAAUUUACAACGGCGUGCCCGACUGGUUGUAUCAGGAAGAAGUGCUGCCGAGGCCGCAAGCGAUCUGGCCCAGUCCGGACGGCACGCAUAUCCUUUAUGCGGUGUUCAAUGACACCAAAGUGUCCGCGUUGGAGUUCCCUUGGUUCGGCACGCCGGGUCAAGACGGAGCCAGUCCGAGUCCCCUGGGCGCGUCCAAAUCUUUUCCACCUUCCAGAUCGGUCAGGUAUCCGAGACCGGGCUCGCCCAAUCCGGAGGUCGAAUUGUGGGUCAUGGAUCUUGGCAACGUAAGCUCGACGAAUUACACCGGGAACGUCACGUGGCCAAUGAAAAUGAAGCUGAAGCCACCGCCGUUCUUGAACGAACAAGAUUACUAUCUGAUAUCGGCCGGCUGGGUCGGCGACGACGCUUCGCAGGUCGCCGUCGUCUGGAUGACGAGGAUGCAAAAUCUGUCUAUGGUGUCGGCCUGCCGCGCUCCCACGUGGGAAUGUGAGGAGACCCACUCGGAGCGGGCACCCGAAGGAUUGUGGCUGGACGCCCAACCGCAUCCUCUCUUCGCUCCGGACGGAGAUAGCUUUCUGCUACUGGCCAUGGUGCAGGAAGGCGACAAGGAGCAUUUCACGCAUAUAAAACACGUCACACUCACGCAGCAGAGAAUAGCGGUUCUCUCCCAUGGUCGUUACGAGGUGAGUGAGAUCUUGGCAUGGGACACCAAGGCGCAUCUCGUUUAUUAUUUGGGCACUAGAGAAAAGAGACCUGGCCAGAGACAUCUCUACGUGGUGCGCGAUCCCGCCGCGGACGAUCCUCGUCACUUCGAACCCUUAUGCGUGACGUGCGAUCUUGGAGAUGUCCUUUGGAGCAGUAGACGCUAUUACACGAAUUGCACGCAUUUCGGUGCUUCAGUCAGUCCGUCGGUGGAAGAAGGCGCGCAGGGUUAUUAUGUACUGUACUGCGAGGGCCCUGGCCUUCCUCUCGCCGCCGUGCACACAAUGUCAACGCACAAGCUGGUACGCGUGCUAUACGACACGGGGAUCCAACGUGCGGGCAAGCUGUCAGAGCUGGCGCUACCCACCAGACAAAAUUUUGAGGUGCCGUUACCUCAAGAUCAGCUUACCGUAUUGAAACACCUUUUGAAAACGCACAAGUAUCUCGACGUCGAAAGAAUUGGCGUGUGGGGAUGGGGUUACGGUGGAUAUGUGACCGCCAUGGUCCUCGGUAAUCAGGAGAACGUCUUCAAGUGCGGCGUCGCGGUGAAUCCGAUCGCCGACUGGAUGUAUUAUAAUUCCGCGUUUACGGAACGGGUCCUCGGUGCUCCGGCUGAGAAUUACAAGGGUUACGUGGAGGCUGAUCUUACGCAACGGGCGAAAUUGGUGCCCAGUCACAGCCUUUAUCUUCUUCACGGCCUAGCCGACCUCACAGCGCCUUACACGCACGGCGUUGCCUUCGCCAAGGCUUUGUCCGAAGCGGGAGUCAUCUUUAGAUAUCAGAGUUACGCGGACGAAGAUCACGCCCUGAGGGGUGUACUCGAACACGCUUAUCGUUCCAUGGAGGACUUCCUCGCCCAGUGCCUCGCCCUGGAUGCCUCCUAGUGCCUCAAACCGAAGAAUCCUUUGUUGUCUCUAGUGCGCCUAUUUCCGAUACAUCCAACACGGACGUUAAUACGGAGACUCGUCGUCCUCGAGAUCACGGCAAUUACACUCGUAAACGGGAUGACCUCCUCGUUUAGAGCCUGAAUCGCCACUGUUUGGGGACGUGAGAAAAUCGAGAGACAGGUCAUUUAUUCGCGAAGAAGAGGAGAAUGUUUUAUUCGCGAAGAAGAAGAGACGCCGUUUGACGCGCGUACGUACGAGUUUACGCGGCAAAAAAGACGAAAAGAGACGAGAGAGGAAACGGAUUCGAAGAAAAUGAGAGUAAAACAGAGUUUGUACGAGCAAUGUUGUUAUGACGUAUACCUACCAUUUGUCUAAAGAUUCCUCUUUCUUAUGGGUAAAUCACUCACUUUUCUCUCUAGACGUGCAUUCAGUGAUACCCGUCGAUCGCCGGACCGUGAAAGAAACCAGAAAUCAAAAGAAACCAAGAAACAAAAGAUAUCCAACGAGGAUUUUUUUUACAUCGUCGAACGAUGCCGCUCGCGUUUCCUGCACAAAGCUUCGAUAGCUGGAUUCUCCACCGAACGGCGCGAGCGACUCGUUCAACGAUGACGCACGCGUCGCAAAAAAAAAAA